ACGUUCACCCAAGUUGGCACCGAUCAAAUUCACAUUUGUAAAGAAGUUUUACCGGUGAUAACUUGUGAUGAUAUUGAAUUCUUUUAGGAUUUAGUAAUAACUUUUUAAUCAAUAGAUAAUUUCGUAUUUUAAGUAAAAAUAGCUAGAAGAAAAGGAAAAGUAUUCGUCAUAAUGGGAGCAGUUGCAGCAAUUCUUGGUCUGUUAUUUUUGUUCUCCACAGCUUGGACUGAAGAAGCUCCAAAGGGCCCUAAAGUUACCCACAAGGUCACUUUUGACAUCACUGUUGGUGGAGAGCCAGCAGGUUCUGUUGUUAUUGGUCUCUUUGGUAAGACAGUUCCUAAGACAACUGAGAACUUCUUCCAGUUGGCUCAAAAGAAAGAAGGUGAAGGUUACAAAGGUAGCAAGUUCCACAGAGUUAUUGAGAACUUUAUGAUCCAGGGUGGUGACUUCACUAAGGGAGAUGGAACUGGUGGUCGCAGCAUUUAUGGGGAAAGGUUUGAAGAUGAAAACUUCAAGCUGCGUCACUAUGGUGCUGGCUGGCUCUCCAUGGCAAAUGCUGGAAAGGACACAAAUGGAUCUCAAUUCUUUAUCACCACUACUAAAACACCAUGGCUUGAUGGCAGACAUGUAGUAUUUGGCAAAAUUCUGGAAGGCAUGGAUGUUGUACGUAAGAUUGAGAAGAGUAAGACUGGAGCCAAUGAUCGCCCCGUCAAAGAUGUAGUGAUCGCUGAAACUCACACUGAAGUUGUCGCAGAACCGUUCAGCGUAACCAAGGAGAGUGCUCAAUAACAUAUGACAAAUUAUUAGUUAACAAAUAUUUCAUUUAUAAUUAUAGAAUAUUUUGUUUUGUCACAAACUUGUGAUAAACUUUACCAUGCAUUUGAAUUAGUUCUACAUACUCAUUUCUUUUUAUUGAUUUCACUAAAAUUGUGCUCUUUGAGUUGACAUUUUAGGUAAAAUAAAAUGAAUUAAAAACA